AUGUCCCACGAAAUGUCCCACCUGGGCCCGCGGGCCUUCAAUCACGAGCAGAGCACCGACGCGGAGGAGGAAUACGAUCGCCUGCGCAACCUAGCGCGCCAGGAGGCCUCGAAGCGUGGGGAUUGUUUCUCACGGUCCAAGGAGGCAUACUCCAGCGGCGAUGGCGCGCGCGCCAAACAGCUGUCCGAGGAGGGCAAGGCGCACGGGCGCAAGAUGGAGGAGUACAACAAGCAAGCGUCCGAGUUUAUCUUCCGCGAGAACAACGCCAACGGGCGCGUUGCUGCCGACACGAUCGAUCUGCAUGGCCAGUUCGUCGAGGAAGCCGAGGAUAUUCUGGAGGCGCGCAUCAAAUAUGCCAAGGCGCAUGGGCAGAACCAUUUGCAUGUCAUCGUCGGCAAGGGUAACCACUCCGCCGGUCACAUCCAGAAGAUCAAGCCGCGCGUUCAGCAAGUCUGCCGCGAGCUCGGACUACAGUAUGCCACCGAGGACAAUGCCGGCCGCAUCUACGUGAACCUCACUGGCGGCGAGGCCGUCAUGCCGUCCUACCCCUCCCACCCGGCGCCGCACCACGGGGGUGGCCAGCAGCAGUACCCCGGCCAACAGCAACAGACACAUCACCAGCAGCAGCCGCAGCAGCAGCAGGACGAGAUCGAGCAGGUUGUCAAUGCGCUGCUGCCAAAGGUCAUGCGCAAGCUGGAGAAGGCUUGCUGUGUUGUUAUGUAA